GUGAGCCCCUGACGCUGUAAGACAUUUUACAGUAGGGGAGAGAGGAGAUACAAGUGAGUGGAAGCGAAAACAAAACCCUCCCGAACAUGAGUAAGGACACAGAGGUCGAUAUGAAGGAUGUUGAGUUGAACGAGUUGGACCAGGAGAAGUUACCGAUGACCGGCGACGGACCGGGGGCUGAGAAGAAUGGGAGCGUGAAGCUGAAGGUACCGGAGGAGGAUGUUAAGUUUACCGGGCUGUCGAAGGAAGAGCUCAUGAAAGUCGCUGGCACACCCGGGUGGGUGAGGACUCGCUGGGUGCUCCUGGCGCUGUUCUGGCUGGGCUGGGUGGGGAUGCUGGCUGGGGCCAUAGUGAUCAUCGUCCAGGCCCCCAGGUGUAAACCCAUACCUGAGAUGAACUGGUGGAAUCAGGGUCCUCUCUAUCAGAUAUCUGACCUGGGCGCCUUCAAUCAAGACAAGGGAAUUAAAGGUGUUGUGGAGGUACUAGACAGUCUGAACCAGUUGAAGGUGAAGGGCCUGGUUCUGGGGCCUCUCCACACUGUACAGAAGGACCAGGCAGACACACUAGACCUUGUCUCCAUGAACCCUGUUGUAGGAACGGACCAGGACCUGCUGAUCCUGCUGGAAAAGGCACACAAGAAGGGUAUCUCUGUGGUGUUGAACCUGACCCCUAACCCUGGAGCUGACCCCUGGUUCAGUCCUGACCGCCUGCCUGAAGUACUGGACAAACUCGGGGCUGCUGCUGAACACUGGCUAGGUAUGGGUGUGGACGGAGUGCAGGUGUCCGGCCUCGCUGCUGCCUGCGACUCUUCUGAUUGGGCCAAGGUCCAGGGUGUCGUCCAGGGCAACAGGACAGAGGUGGACGUGAAGAAGAGAGCUCUAAUAGGGGUGGUUGAUGGUCUCAACUCCUCUGCUGUCUCUCAACUUCUCAACUCCUCUGGUGUGGACCUGAUACUGUCUGAUGUCCUUAACAAUGGUAACUCAGGUGUCCAGCGAGCCCUGUCCAUCUACAGCCUGGUCUCUACCCAGAAACAAAGCUCCCUAGCCUGGGGGCUAGGAGGCACUUGGGGGAACCAUCUGGCGUCAGUGGUAGAGAAACCAGAACUGGUCCGACUCUACCAGCUAAUGCUCUUCACUCUGCCUGGAACACCGGUCUUCAACUAUGGAGAUGAGAUGGGACUAGUGGACCAGGGCUCCACCUCUCCUAAGAUGCUGUGGGACAUUGAGGAGGAGGCGGCGGCUGAAGGAGCUGGGAACAACGAGACUGCUGAGGCCCAGAAAACUCAUCGUCUGACCUGUCGUUCGUGGUUUAAGACCCUCUCUGACCUGAGGGGUAAGGAACGUUCCCUCCUCCACGGAGACUACUUCCCCCUCCACUCCUCCUCCUCAUCCCUCGCUUUCCUGCGUCUGUGGGACCAGAGCGAGAGAUACGUGACGGCCGUCAACUGGGGCUCCGCCACCCUAACCAUGGACCUCAACUACCAAGACCUGAGUCUCCCGGAGCAGGCUAAAGUCAAGCUGAGUACGGACCCUGAGAACCUGGCUGCGGACAGCUCUGUCUCGCUGGAUAAACUGCAGCUGGGACCAGGACAUGCUGUUCUGCUGACCUUCCCCUUCGCUUAGGAAGGGCUAGAGCAGAGACCAGGGCUACAACAGACCAGGGCUACAACAGGCCAGAACAAGAAACUAAUAGAGCUAACUUUUAGACCGUGGGCGGAGGGAGAAUGCAGAGGAUGUUUUCGACCACAGACAACUAGCAGAAGGAAUAUACAGUAUGAAACAGUCGUUUUUAGCCAGUGCUUAGGUCGGUAUUAAGGUUGGGUAUUUCCAACUGUUAAAACAUUCCAGUUCAGAUUUGAUGAAAUGUUUUUGUUGGCCAUUGUUUGAAAACUUUUUAAAAGGAACUUUUUAGUUCCAUAUUUUUUCAAUUUGUUUAUGACAUGUUGUGUUGAACUGUUUGGAGAGGGGAACAUGUCAGUUUGAAUUUAAAAACGGUUAAUUUUCAAUCUGUCCAUUCCAUCCAGUGGAAUAUAAUUGUCAUUCAAAUGCUAGUAAUGGAGGAGAUAGUAUUGCUAGCUUCCUACUGCUAGAUGUUGUUCUGACUAAAAAGUUGAAAGGAAUCAAAUAAAAAGCCCUGCGUUAUAUUGCCUGGUGACAAUCAAA